CACUACUUCCGCAUCACCAUAGUGUAGUUACAUCAGUAUAGCUAGCUCCGGGGUUUAUGAAAGGACAGUAUCAUUAUGGAAGUAACGCUCUGACUAAAGUAAGACCGUGACCUUAGGCAGAAGGAUCCUUGUCUGAAACCAUGUUGGCACGGCUCUUCAGGCUCCACGGCCUGUUCGUGGCUUCCCACCCAUGGGAAGUAAUAGUGGGUACCCUUGCUCUUACCGUUUGCCUAAUGUCAAUGAACAGUCUGGCAUCCACGAACCAGGUGUGCAGCUGGAAUGAGUGUCCAAAGCUCCAGGAGAAAACCCAGAGCAGUGACAUUGUAAUCUUAACUAUCACACGCUGCAUGGCCAUCGUUUACAUCUAUUUCCAGUUCAGGAAUCUUCGCCAACUGGGAUCCAAAUAUAUACUGGGUAUUGCUGGGUUAUUCACAGUAUUUUCCAGCUUUGUUUUCAGCACAGUGGUAAUUCAUUUCUUUGGGAGAGAACUAACAGGCCUCAAUGAAGCCCUGCCAUUCUUCCUUCUACUUAUCGAUCUCUCAAAAGCCUGUGCACUGGCCAAAUUUGCCCUCAGCUCACACUCUCAGGAGGAGGUUAGAGAGAACAUUUCAAAGGGCAUGGCUAUUCUGGGCCCCACCUUCACCCUGGAUGCUCUUGUUGAGUGUUUGGUUAUUGGAAUUGGCACCAUGUCUGGUGUGCCUCAACUAGAGAUCAUGUGUUGUUUCGGAUGCAUGUCUGUUCUGGCCAAUUAUUUUGUCUUCAUGACCUUCUUUCCUGCAUGUGUCUCUCUCGUUCUGGAGCUAUCACGAGAAAGUCGCGAGGGUCGCCCUAUCUGGCACUUUUCACCUGUGUUGGCUGAAGAGGAAGACAAUAAGCCCAACCCUGUUACCCAGAGGGUUAAAAUCAUUAUGUCUUUGGGUCUUGCCUUGGUCCAUGCCCAUACUAGACUAGCAGCUGAGAAUCCAGGACAGAAUCGCACUGUUGAGGGGCGUAUAUCUAAGACACUGCACUCUGAUGGCACCAUAGGGAUGGGACCUUUUAAUCUCACCAGUAUGGACCUGGAACAAGUGAUUACUCUCAGCCUGGCCCUGCUCCUGGCUAUGAAGUAUGUCUUCUUUGAGCAAACAGAGGCAGAGUCUUCCUUAUCCCUAAAGAGCCCCAUUAUGGGCUCCCUUCCCUCUCAGAAGCACAGGAUGGGAGGGGAGUUUUGCAGGAGAGACACUCCAGCCUCGAAGUCUUAUGUUCCUAUGAAUAGUAGCCCAGCAACCAUCCCUACCUCUGCAGCUGUGGCAGGCCCACAGUCUUCCCCAGAGGCAGACAGAAACAAGGAGACACCUCCAACAGCCUCAGCAGAGUAUGGACACAGUGUUUCAAGUGCAGGGGAAACGGUUUCUCAGUAUAACUCCAGUUUAGAGCCACGGACACUGGAAGAAUGUAUGACCAUCCUCUCAGAUCCUCAGAGGGGCGCCCGUUUCCUCAGUGACACAGAGGUGAUGAACCUUGUCACCUCCCGUAACAUCCUGAACUAUAAGCUUGAAGUGGUACUGGAGAGUCCAGAGAGGGGGGUGGCCAUCAGGAGGGAGCUACUUUCAGCCAAACUACCUGUUCCUUCUGCUUUGGCUUGUCUGCCUUAUAAAGACUAUGACUAUUCCAAGGUGAUGGGCACUUCAUGUGAGAAUGUCAUUGGGUACAUGCCAGUGCCAGUGGGAGUGGCAGGUCCUCUUCUGUUGGACGAUAAACAGUUUUACGUUCCUUUGGCGACCACUGAGGGCUGUCUGGUAGCCAGCACUAACAGAGGAUGUAGAGCACUCUCUCUGAGCGGCGGUUGCCACAGCAGGAUCCUAGCUGACAAUAUGACCAGGGGUCCUGUGGUGAGGCUGCCCUCCGCCUGCCGGGCUGCAGAGGCCAAAGUCUGGCUGGAGACCUCAGAGGGGUUCAGUAUUAUCCAAGAGGCCUUUGAUGAGACCAGCAGGUUUGCUCGUCUGGAGAAGGUGUUGGUGGGCUUAGCUGGAAGAAACCUGUACAUCCGUUUCCAGUCUCAGACAGGAGACGCCAUGGGCAUGAACAUGCUCUCCAAGGGGACUGAGCAUGCUCUGCAGAGACUGAAGCAGCAGUUUCCAGACAUGGAGGUGCUGUCUGUCAGUGGCAACUAUUGCACUGAUAAGAAGCCUGCUGCCAUUAACUGGAUUCUGGGCCGGGGAAAGUCUGCAGUGUGUGAGGCUACCAUUCCUGCCAAAGUGGUCAAGGAGGUAUUGAAGAGCAGCACAGCUGCUCUAGUAGAGCUGAACAUCAACAAGAAUUUAGUUGGCUCAGCCAUGGCUGGAAGUAUAGGGGGCUUCAAUGCUCAUGCUGCCAACAUAGUAACAGCCAUCUAUAUUGCUUGUGGACAGGAUCCAGCUCAGACGGUGGGCAGUUCCAACUGUAUAACCCAGAUGGAGCCUGCUGGUCCUGAAGGAGAGGAUCUGUACAUCAGCUGCACUAUGCCCUCCAUAGAACUGGGAACUGUGGGAGGAGGCACCAACCUACCGCCACAGCAGGCCUGUUUACAGAUGCUUGGUGUACAAGGUACCAGUUCACAGCAGCCGGGUGAGAACGCCCGACAGCUGGCCCGUGUGGUCUGUGCCACUGUCCUGGCAGGGGAACUCUCCCUCAUGGCAGCUCUGGCUGCUGGGCACCUCGUCAAAAGCCACAUGACUCACAACAGAUCUAGAACAAAUCUGUCAGAAACACAGUCAUCAAAGUCAGAGACAGCUGCGUGACAAAACCUUCUGCUGGUCCGUCCUCAGUCAGACUGAAGGAGCUGUCCAGCUUUACUGGGACUGAAGCAUCAUCUAAUGAAGUCCUGAAGAGUGUUGUGGGUUGAGAUGAUCAGGAAAAUAAAGACCCGACCCAACACACGCUGAACACCACAGCUGAUGUGCACUUGCUUGUGUGUCACUCAACUGAUUUUAUGUUGCAGUUGCAACUCUGUGGGUUACUACUUUGUGCCAUUUGUCUGCAUGUUAACAGUGUGACACUAACGUAACACACUUUGAGAAAGCCUUCAUUAUUGUCACAAUUGAAUCUUGGAUUGGUGAAAAAAAAAUCCACUAUGCUGCACAAUUGAACUACUAACUUUGUGCCUCUCAGAAGUUGCAUGCCCAGGGUCUAAGAGCUUCUCCACCAAACAGGAGAAGAACAUAGUGAACUUCUGAGGUUUUCUGACGGCUGUGACAUCUGAGUUCUCAGAUGAGUUAGCCUUGCACUUGCCAAAAUCUUAAGAUAGAGCUGUGAUGGUCGAAUAUUAAAAUGCCAACUUUCCAUCUGAAUGUAUGACGUACAUUGUCAGUGUUGAAGUGUUCAUGGACUGCAGGGUAAUACUCGUACAACCCUUUCUGAAUCAAGCUGCUGCUGUAUACUGUGUAUACUGUAGAGUGACUCACAGUGGGACUGCUCGGUUUGUGACUCUGCCAAACUGUUACAGGCUGGAUGCUUCUUUGUGUUGAUAAUUGGAAGAACAAUGGAAAAUCAAAGCCAUAUAAAUUAACUUAAUACAUUUGUUUGCAGAGCGAUUACACGAUUUAACAGCACUGGGAUUGUUUUAAAGCACCAGUGACUGCAGGCUGUGCAUUCAUGUAUUGUCAUAUUGGAAUGCCAGUGAAGCUAAGAGGUGAUCUUACCUGUUUUGAAAAAGUUGAUCCUCGGCAUGUCUUGAAUGUGAAAAGGUAUUAAAUGGAUGACAAUGUUUAUUUAAAUUAAAUAACUCUUAAUAAAAUUGUCUUCUAAUAAAAGGUACAAACACGAAAACUAGAGGAUGAACUUUUUAUUUCACUUUUCAAACAGGGCAAAGUCGUGCCACGUUGUCACAGUACAUUUGUAAGUUGAUCCCACAGAUUUAGUACAGAACAAAUUAUUUACAUAUAGAAAUGCAUUUCUAAUUACAUUCAUAUAACUAAUAAUUCAGCAUUAGAAAUGUCUGCUUUAGGUGAACUGACUUCAGCCUGGCAUCUUUCCACUUAGCUGCAAGGCUGAGUUUCAUCAGGCUUCACUUAGUCUCUCACCCACAUUAGUGGACUAUAAACUCUUACUUCAAUCAAGUGACGGCUGAUAAAGUAGCUUUGUAACAAAUUGACACCGCCCUCAUUGAUACCAACAAGGACACUGGACAACUUUGUGCUGUUCACAGGUGCAUUAAAAUAACUAAGGUGAAUUCUGAAUCUCAAAAAUAAUUAGCAAAGUUACACUUUGUCUAUGCUCCAAAAGCCUCAUUUUACAAAUUGGCUUUGUGAUCCUUCCGUUUCUUGCGUUUGCUGUAAAACUGCUACAACAGUUCAAAUCCCACGUAAAACAUUUCAGUAAUGGUCAAGUACACAAGUGAACAAAACAUGUCAGCAUUCUGCUCCUUUCUAGUUGUAUACAGCACAUCUCCCAAAUACUGACGGGCAUGUGUAUAGAACAGAAGAUCCACCACCAUCAGCUGGUGAUAAUACUUAUGAAGUGAAAUAAAUGUAUGUGAAUCUGACGUCGUCAUAAUACUGCAACGUUAGAGAUGUGUAAAAAUGACCUUCAGCCCUUUGCUGGGAAACCAAAUCAACAGAAAGUGUCACCUGGUUUAUUGAUCUACUACAUAAAUUGCGGGACAACUAAAAAUACAGUCAAUAAGGGGAGAAAAGCCAUGAGGCACUUCACUAGUGAUGACAGGGUGCACUAACAGCACCCGUUGUUCCAUCUGAAACAGUAUUUCCUAAGGCAUUUGGGCUCGGCUUACUUCCAAGCUGAAACAUUAGUGACCCUAUUUACAACUUAUCCAACAUUCAAAGUACUGCAUGUGCUAUGACACUGCAACAUAUUAACAAUGACACAAAUACAAAGCAGAGCAAGUAAUGUACAUGACCUUUCUUUUGUACAUUAAAUAUAUGAAAAGCUCAUGUCAACACAUCCCUCCAUCACUACCAGCAACUGGUGGUUUCAUGAGAGAGACAGUCAAAAAGGUCAAGUCUGUUGUCAUAGGGGUCAAACUCAAGGUUGAUGACAGCCCUCUGGACUUUAAACCAAAAAA